AUGCUUAAACAACUUGUUGUUAAAGCUUUUUUUACACAACAAGUAGAAGUUACGAUUUCGAAUUCUCAAGUAAGCCACGAAUCAUACUCAAGAAAUCAUAAUCAUCGAAAUAGAAUUAUUAUUCCUCAACAAAAUAAUCAAGUACAAUUCAAUGCUGCCCGAUUUAUUACGCAUCCAACUCAAGAAAUACCUGAAAAUUACAUUAAUACUGAAUGGUAUAUUAAUGGUGUUGCUAUGGAAUCGUCUGUUGAUACCAACAUUUCAAAAAUAAGAGAACUUGCAGAUUUUGAACGUGGUGCUAUUUAUGGAUUAUGGUAA